GGGGCAGUCAUGGCGGCUCGGUGUGUGAGGCUGGCGCGCCGCAGCCUCCCGGCUUUGGCACUGUCGUUCAGGCCUUCUCCUCGCUUGUUGUGCACAGCUACGAAACAGAAGAACAAUGGCCAGAACCUGGACGAGGACUUGGGUCAUUGUGAGCCAAAGACAGAUCCACCCUCUGCAGACAAGACCCUCCUGGAAGAGAAGGCAAAGCUGGAAGAGCAGCUGAGAGAGACCAUGGAAAAAUACAAACGUGCUUUGGCAGAUACUGAGAAUCUACGGCAGAGAAGCCAGAAGCUGGUAGAGGAGGCCAAGUUAUAUGGCAUCCAGGGUUUCUGCAAGGACUUGCUGGAGGUUGCAGACAUCCUGGAGAAGGCAACCCAGAGUGUUCCAAAGGAGGAGAUCAGCAACAACAACCCUCACCUGAAGAGUCUUUAUGAAGGGCUCGUGAUGACUGAAGUCCAGAUUCAGAAGGUGUUCACAAAACACGGCUUGCUCAGGCUUGACCCAAUUGGGGCCAAGUUCGACCCUUACGAACAUGAGGCCUUGUUCCACACCCCUGUGGAGGGGAAAGAACCAGGCACUGUGGCACUAGUUAGUAAGGUGGGCUACAAGCUGCACGGACGCACCCUGAGGCCAGCUUUGGUGGGGGUGGUGAAGGACGCUUAGCUCCCUCCCUCAGGCUCUGGACUUUGUAGGUCACUUGCUAGAACUCGAAGGGCGGGCUUGUAAUUUCUCAUCUGUGAAUUCAUCUGACCCUUGCCCAGCCUUGUUGGAAAUCUUAAGUAAGCUAAGCAGAACAUGAAGCUGCUUGCACAGUCAGGGACUCUGGGAGUCUGGUCACUGAAUUUAGCAUUACCUACUUCAGAAGAGGGCCAUCAGGACCUCGGGAGUAGUAUGCUAACAUUGUAUCUGUUCCACCUGGUGAUUAGUACUUUACACAAAUAAAAGGUCUUUGGCUAUAUCUAUGCUGCACAGUCUACCUCUGAGUACCAAGGCACUGGAAGGGAAGAGCCAGAGCAGGAACACUUGUUGCCAGCGAAAAUAAGACCUUCAAGAGUGCAUAUUCCUUUACAAGUCAGUGUAAAAGUCCUGAGAUUUGGACACCUGCCCUGGCUCUGAAAUGACACGGAGUCCUGGUAUACUUAGUGAUGAGCUGCUUGCACUAUACCUGGGCAGGGUUCUUUCUUAUCUCUUCUAACCCGACCAUGCUGCCUACCACCCAGUCAUGUGCCCAGUUACCUGCUAUCUUAGUCUUGCCCUGGCUGCUCCUGCUCCGUUCAACCUCAUAGUGACACUCUGCCCACUUUCUGGCCAGCCAUUGGCUGAUCAGGUGACAGAAAGCGAUUUUACACAACACAGACGGGAGAUGCUUGAUGAUGCCAGCAUCUGGGCUACAACCAGAUCUCCAGCACAGUAGUCAGCAUCUGAACACAGUUCACAACUGUUCCCCAUCAGACAGUAUUCAGCUAUUGUGAAUGUUAGCCUUCAGACAGGGAAAAGAAGCCAUGAAUUUGAACAUGUUUAGCUCUUUCCCUGUUUAUACUCUUAAGCUGUAACUAAGUAGUUGCUAAGGACAUCAAGCCCUAUCCAGAUAGACCAUAUUGACUGUAAAGCUGCAUGGCUGGCAUGCUUAAACAUUGCCACUUGGGAGGUUGUGGUCAAGGGGAUUAGAAGGCUCGUCUUUUAUCUUCCCACUUUCUGGUACUGGAUUUUGUCAUCUAAUGGAGAUCUGGUAGGCUCCUGAGGAGAAACCCUGGCUUACUCAGCUCACAGCUCUUCAAGCUUGGGGCUGCAGAAGCCUGGGCUCUACGCUGGCCUUACAUACAGUUAUAAUACAGCUCAUGGGAGAAAGCCAGGCAGCCAAAGCCACGACACACAUGAGAAGCUGACUUUAGGCUCCCACCAGCCAAAAGAUUCUUCCCUGUUAUUGCAAGCUCAGAAAAGCUGAUGAAAUGGUGAUGUAAAGGAAGCCAUGCGACAGCAGUGAGUACGGCCUUGAGUAUACCCUUGUGUAGAAGCCAGGGCAGAACAGGCAAAGCCACAGAGGUAGGGGUAUUCUGUUUUGUUACUAAAUUUGAACAAUACAAGUAAUUUUCCCCAAAUUCAAGCUUCCAUCAUCACCGAGUUUCUUCCUUUAAGCUGCCUUGAACUAUUGAAACAAAACAAUAGCCAGGUGGAGGGCAGCCUGACAGCAGAGGCAGUGCCUUCACAUUGCAUAAGUGAAUACACCAUUAGACUCCUUUUCAGCUAAAGCUGCUGAACAGCACAGAGCUCUGCAAGGUCUCGUCAGCUCCAUGUCAGACUGAAGACAAUCUUUCAGAGGCCAGCAAGAUUACUCAGCCAGGAAAGGUGCCCGCUGCCAAGCCUAAUGACCUGAGUUCAGUCUCUGGAAACCCAUGCAGGGAGAGGAGUCCCACUAAACCACAAUAAUGAAGUCUCAGAAUGGUUGACAGCAAACAUGAAGAGGACUUUUAAGUUUGUAUGGCAUUAUGGAGACUGCACAGAUCCAUGGAGACAGUGCCUGCUGUUUUGUAGGAGCCACUUGCAUACUCUGGUUUUGGUGACCUGGCACCAUCAUGACUAACCUAGAUGUGAUAUUUGUAAGUUAAUCAGUCAACACUAACAGGAGUUGUGCACACAUUUCCCCUGGAAAUUCAGGUCUUGCUCCGCCACAUGCAAGCCUAGUGACUGGAAGCAGCAAGGUCAUAGCUGGCAAAGUUGUUGAGUUUGGCUAGCCAGAGGCAGCUGGAAAUGGGCCCUGCUCCAUGGAAAUCAUCUUUGGCACUUUGAGGAUCAGACUCACCGUGAUGUGUAGCUGCAUGGUCCUCAAGACCUUCUGCUAUGCUACAGCAGCUUGUCACCUUGGGUCAGAAGCUGGUUUAACAGCAGAGUGUGCUGAGAAGUUGGAGGAUCAAGAAGCAAACAGACACAACUCUGUUCUCAACAAUUUAAUGUAAAAGAAGAAUAAAAAUGGUAGGGUUUCAGUUCUUCAUACAUUCUUGGAAUGUUGGCCUCCCAGAGAGCAUUAUUUCAAACAGUUGAAGAAUUAUCUAACUUUUCUGACUCAAAGACAAUUUGUUGAAAUUUGAAAAGACUUGGUUCCAUGGGGUUGUAGUAGCUAAUUUAUCAAGAGAAUUAAAUACAAACAUGUCAAUGUCUCAGCUAACAAAAAAUAAUAUGCCAGAAACAGCUGGGGCAGACAGGAGAGCAAACAAUCCUAAUAUUACUUUUCCCUUGUAACAAUAUUAAUACUUGAACAUAAAUUAAUUAUACAUUCAUUAUGGUGUUUUAAAACAGUCACGCCCAAAUAAAUUUAUAUCAUCGAAAGAUGUACACACACU